CAUCCCCCCACACAAUGUCCGGCAUCCUCCAGGCCAUUGCGCAGCUCACGCCCGCGGCGCCGCAGCAGCUCUCGCGCGACUACGACGGCGUAGAGUACCGCUGGAAGGCGUUCUCGUUCCGCCCGGCCGCCUUCAAGUUUGAGGGCUACAUGCUCGCCGUGCUCGGCGGCUAUGUGAUCCUGCAUCUGCUCGGCAAGGCGUACAACACGGCACGGGCAAAGAAGCUCUACGACCCCUACGUCUCCCUCAUCAAGUCGCAGUUCACGCUCGUCCGCCCCGCUGUCCCGUCGAGCUCGGCGCUCCACCUGCUGUACGCGACCGGCCGGCGCAACGUCCUCGCGCUCCACGCGACCCUCACGCUCCUUCCGUACCACGACAUCAUCACCCUCGUGUACGAGUUUGCCUGGUCCAUCAUCGAGCCCACCGCCGACAUCAGCGAGGGCUUCACGUUCGGGCUUACCCUCGGCCGCGGCGCCGCUGGCCUGCAGGGCGAGGGCCUCGGCGUCUGGGCUCUGGUCAACAAGAACUCGCUCAAGAAGGUCAAGGAGCAGCGUUAUGAUCUGUCCUUCCCCCGCCUCCACGAGUCCGCCGCCGUGCCCGUGACCCACACCGUCUUUGCCGAGCACUCGGAUGUCAACGACGUCGUGUUCAAGACGGCCAACGUCGGCGUGACCGAGGUCCUCGCCGACCCCGUGGCUGCCGACAUCCUCAAGUACCUGAUCAUCACUGACCAGCCGUCUGAGCGCCCCAUGCGCGGCGCCCUCAAGCCCGAGUACAAGGCGCGCGAGAUCUCGCUCGCCGUCUACAAGCCCACCAACGCCGAGCAGGAGGCGGCCGUCGCCGCGUGGCUCCAGGUCGCCCUCAACCUCGCCGACCUCGAGGGCAAGCCCGGCCUCCUCAAGGCCGAGGUCGCCCGCAAGAUUGCCAAGACGCGCGUCGAGGUCGACGCGAGCCUCAACUCCAAGUACAAGAAGGAGCUCGAGGAGGACAGCCCUCCCGAGCAGACGCCCGAGGACAAGCGCCUCGCCAAGAAGAAGGCCGAGCGUGCGCAGCUCUCGGAGAAGGAGCUCAAGAAGGUCGAGGAGCUCGAGCGCAAGCGCGAGAUGCGCAAGAUGCAGAAGCGCCAGAUGAAGUAGGCUGGUGCUGCGAGCGAGCGCAGCGAGCGAGCAGUGGCGUGGGUGGGGUGGCCUGGGCGAGUUGGAGGCCAUCGCCGUGGGUGUGCGCGAGACAUGGCUGGCAGGUGUGCGCGGCGAGUCAGCCCGCAGCCCCCGCGGCCAACUAUCAUCCGUCGUAUAUGUGCUACUAUGCACGAGAGAAAAAGUAGCGUAGUACCGUAAUGCACGAGUUAUUACAGAG